AAACAAAAUACACUACACCAAAGAGCUCGGCUCCUGUCCUAACAUGGCGGGGAUUAAAGGACUUGUUGCAUUAUCCUUUAGUGGAGCCAUUGGAUUAACCUUCCUUAUGUUGGGAUGUGCCUUGGAAAGCUACAAGGUGUAUUGGCCUUUGUUUGUUUUGAUAUUUUAUGCCAUCAGUCCAAUUCCAUAUUUUAUUGCUACACGAGUCAGUGAUGAUACAGAUGCCGCCAGCAGUGCCUGCAGAGAACUAGCGUUUUUCUUCACUACUGGAAUUGUCGUCUCAGCGUUUGGCUUGCCCAUUAUUCUGGCCAGAGUUGGUGUGAUUCUGUGGGGUGCGUGCGGACUAGUGCUUGCAGGGAAUGCUGUUAUAUUCCUUACAAUACUGGGCUUUUUCAUUGUGUUUGGAAGAUCAGAUGACUUUAGCUGGGAGCAGUGGUAAAGACUGACACUCUUUUUUUGCCUGUUUGCACUGGCCACAUGCCUCCUGCACUUAUAUAUGUACAUAUGUUGUGUAUAUGUAAUCAUUACUUAAAUCUAGAUUAUAUUAGUUUAUAGUUUGUGUUCCUGAAUAUUCUGUAGACUAAAAAUGGUUUGUACACACUGUCCUCUGUGUAUGUGAGAUGCAUUGCACUUUAGCAGUAUUCAGAUGCUUGACAAAUCUGAAUAAUAAGGGCCAUUCCCCAAUUUGUUAUUGGAAAGAGUGGGUGAGUUCAGACAGCAGCAUUCGCCUGCUUUUAGUGAAAUACCUGCACCACAUUGUUUCAUAAGCCAUGCAGUGAAAUGGUUCAAUGUCAUCUGUAUGAAUGCUGACAGAAUGCAGUGCAGCUUGGAUAAACAUAGAACAUCCUUGCAUUCACAGUGUAGUGUUCUGGUAGCCUGUUUAUAUACAUACCUUGCCGAAAUAAUUUUCACUGCAAUGGUCAUUUUUAAUGUAACCUUUUCUUCCUUUUGUAAAUUAUAUUUUUCUAUAGUAAUAAAACAUGCUUUAUAAC